AUGGCCGGCAUCACCCACUCGCACGACGGCGUCCACUCGCACUCACACUCACACGCGCACGACACCUUCAAUCCCGCUGAGCACGGCCACAGCCACGAGAUCCUCGACGGGCCCGGCAGCUAUCUCAAUCGGGAGAUGCCCCUGACCGAAGGGCGCGACUGGGCCAACCGGGCCUUCACAAUCGGCAUUGGCGGCCCGGUCGGAUCCGGCAAGACGGCGCUGAUGCUGGCGCUCGCGCGGGCGCUGCGGGCGCGGUACUCGCUGGCGGCGGUGACGAACGACAUCUUCACGCGGGAGGACGCGGAGUUCCUGACGCGGCACCGGGCGCUGCCGGCGGGGCGGAUCCGGGCGAUCGAGACGGGCGGGUGCCCGCACGCGGCGGUGCGCGAGGACAUCUCGGCGAACCUGGCCGCGCUGGAGGACCUGCACGCGCGCUUCGCCACCGACCUGCUGCUGAUCGAGUCCGGCGGCGACAACCUGGCCGCCAACUACUCGCGCGAGCUGGCCGACUACAUCAUCUACGUCAUCGACGUCUCGGGCGGCGACAAGGUGCCCCGCAAGGGCGGGCCCGGCAUCACCCAGAGCGACCUGCUCGUGGUCAACAAGACGGACCUGGCCGACGCCGUCGGCGCCGACCUGGCCGUCAUGGAGCGGGACGCGCGCAAGAUGCGGGAGGGCGGGCCGACCGUGUUCGCGCAGGUUAAGAAGGGCGUCGGGGUCGACCAUAUCGUCAAUCUGAUCUUGAGUGCGUGGCGGGCGAGCGGGGCCGAGGAGGCGACUAAGGCGGCGGGCGGGCCGAGGCCAACGGAGGGGUUGGAGGAGCUUGGCAGCGAAGAUGCUUGA